GUCAUCAGAUUAGACUGGCUGCAUAUUCUGGAUUUAGGUUGUGCAGCAGAUGCAGCUGGCAAUGUUUUGUGGCUCCUGCAAAGCAAGCUGCCUGGUCCCAACAUUGCCAAGCGAGUUGGGGAGGUCUUCACAGAGAUUUUGGAGGAGUACAAGAACCAGGGUGUCACAUCCGAUCGACUGGCCACUUUGACAGAGACCAUGUUUCGAAAGCAUGCUGCCUCUGCUCCAAAGGUCAAAGCUAAAGGUGCUGAAACCAGAAAGCUGAUACCUAUUUGGGGUGCCUUGUGCAGAAAGCUUUUGGACAGCACUCGGGAACUGGAUUCGGCAGCUGUGGCUUGCAUGUCUUUGCUUUUGCAAUGUUAUGCUGCUUUGGAUGUAGAGCCCUAUGACCCCAACCUUAUGGAGCGAGAGGUCCGAAGGUUUGCUUUGCAGUAUGUGAGCUUGAGGGAUUAUUAUAGUGACAAUAUCACCUGGCGAGUGAAGCCGAAGUUGCACCUCCUCCUGCACCUCUCACAGAGCUCUACAUGCCCAAAGGACACCUGGUGCUAUCGAGAUGAAGAUUUCGGGGGAGCUACUGCAACCAUGGUGAGGGCCAAGGGUGGCCACAACACUCCGGGAAACUCUUCCCAGGUUGUCCUUGACAAGUUCAAGGCCAGAAACGACCCGCCAGUGCUGGCCAUCAUGCCCCUGCUCUCUGACGUGGAGCUGCCGGGUGCCAGUCCAGCAACCAGAAGGUGUGGCAAGGCCACGCAAGCAAAUUUGCCAAGCUCGUGCUUGCUGCCUCUGGCAGCCACUAUGGGCCGCGACUCCACCUUCUGGAACACACACUGGAGCCACCUGUUCGAGUACUGGGUGACAACGAUGCAAGGGCUUCGAAAUUGGCAGAAUGCGAUUGCCGCAGCUUUUGACUCGACUGCUUUCCGCGGCGUCGACUGCGACGAUUCCUCAGAGGUUCAGGACUUCUCCGAGACGGACACAACUCCUCCUUCACCCGUCGGUUGGACAGUCCUCCGACGCAGGCUUGAAGCAACCUAUCACAAAGGCGACGAAAAUUCGCAAAAGGCCCAGAUCAAGGAGUGCCCACUGGGCAUGCUUGCUGUGUCGCUGCACCGCUUGGUGGUGUAUCUGGGGGGCUUGUCUGAGCAGGUGCCUCUGCAGCUAAGUCAUGUGGUCCGGAUCUUCAGGAAGGUCGCAGAUGCCUUUCCGGAUUUGCUACCAGUCCUUUUUGAAACCCAGUGGCCCUUACUGACAUUUCUAAACAUGGGUGCUCAAAGUGUCCAUUGGAGAUCACGGUCUGGAACAGACUCCUACCAGACGAAGCCUUUCACCCUUGACUUGUUUCCUACAGAGCUGCUUACUUCGGAAGCGGAGCGCAAACAGCUCCCUAGCCUGGCCACAAGCGGUGCUUGGCUGCUGGGCGAUAUGAGGCAGCGGCUAGUGGCCUGGCCCAGUGACGUGUACCAGAAACUGCUGCAGGCUUUGUUCAGAUACCUUUAUAUGGCCAGCGCUACGCGAAGUAGCUUGCGGAUUGGCUGCGUCGUGCUGCAGCAUUGGGGCGCUACCGCGGAUGUUAGUUUUUUCCUGGAUGCCCACGCCAAAGGGGAAUGCGACAAGGCGCACCUAGAGCAAAGCUUCUGCAUCGCUGGAAAACAGAAGACGGCGGCCAACAAGUUUCACAUGAUGGCUGCUAUUGUCAACUUGGGCUUUGACCUUUUGUCUCUGGAUUUCGACGUGGUGCUCUUCAAGGCCCGUUGUCCCAAGAUCAUCAUCUUUCACUUCCUUGACAGCACUGGCGACGUGAACCCCGAGUUUGCGCUUAAGGGUGGCUAUGUUAAUCUUUUCGAUGCCUUCUACGACUAUCCUGAGCUGAAUCUGUCUGACGUUGACAAACCGCUCUAUGAGCAAGACCAUCAGGUUAGAGCCUUGCUUAUGGAGUCAAGGCAGUUUCCGCCGACACGGCUGUCGCCGUGCCUCAACACAGACUGGGCGUCCCUCCCUGAAUGGAAGAAGAUACAGCGGAAUCAGAUCCUGAGCCGGUCGGAGCUGCGUCUAGUGGAGAUGUGA